AUGAACGAGCUCAACGACAGCAGCUUUGACCCCAUCACCUUCGUGCUGACAGGCAUCCCGGGCAUGGAGGAGUCCCACAUCUGGAUCUCCGUCCCCUUCUGCCUGAUGUACAUCACCGCCGUGUUCAGCAACUCAGUCCUUCUCUUCGUCAUCGCCAUGGACCAGAGUCUCCACGAGCCCAUGCACCUCUUCCUGGCCAUGCUGGCUGUGGCGGACCUCAUGUUGUCCACCACCACUGUGCCCAAGAUGUUGGCCAUCUUCUGGUUCAGCGCCAGGGAGAUCUCCUUCGACGCCUGCAUCACACAGAUGUUCUUCACCCACUUCAGCUUCAUCGUGGAGUCCACGGUGCUGCUGGCCAUGGCCUUCGACCGCUACGUGGCCGUGUGCGACCCCCUGCGCUACGGUGCCAUCCUCACACCCUCGGCCAUCGCCAAGGUCGCCGUCGCUGCCGUUCUCAGGGUUCCUCUCUUCGUGCUGAAGCGCCUGCCAUACUGCGGCCACACCGUGAUGCCCCACACCUACUGCGAGCACAUGGGCAUCGCACGCCUGGCCUGCGCCGACAUCAGGGCCAACGUGUGGUAUGGGCUGACCACGGCGCUGCUGUCCUCGGGGCUGGACGUGGUGCUGGUGGCUGUGUCCUAUGCGCUCAUCCUCCGCACCGUGUUUCGCCUGCCGUCGCCCGAGGCUCGGCUCAAGGCCCUCAGCACCUGCAGCUCACACCUCUGUGUCAUCCUCAUGUUCUACGUGCCGGCCUUCUUCUCCUUCCUAACCCACCGCUUCGGCCACCACAUCCCCAGCCACGUCCACAUCCUCCUGGCCAACCUCUACGUAGUGGUGCCACCCAUGCUCAACCCCAUCGUGUAUGGGGUGAGGACAAGGCAGAUCCGCGAGCGCGUCCUGCGCCUCGUCUGCCCCGGCCGGGGGGGCUGA